CCUAGUUGUGACCGACUACUCACAAUGUUUGUAUUUGCUGUAAUUCUUUGCAUAUUUAUUUUGUAUUUAUACCACCGAAAUGAGAAAUUAAACCGAAUUUUGGGUACUUUUCCAGAACCACCGAAAAAAUUCCUGUUGGGACAUGUGCUCGAUAUAAAAUCAACAACCGACGUUCUUGAUGUUUUCUCCAAGUACAUAAACGACUUCGGACCUACUAUAAAACUGCGAGCUGCUACUCUUUUCGCAGGACUUGGAACAACAGAUUACCAACUUUGUGAACUCUUAUUGAGUAAUAAUCGAAUUUUAUCAAAGUCCCUAAACUAUCAGUAUGCAAGAAAUUGGUUGGGAAACGGCCUACUGACUAGCGACGGAGAUUAUUGGCGCCGACAUCGGAAAAUCCUGACUCCAGCUUUCCAUUUCGAAGUUCUCAAACAAUUUGUCGAAACUUUUGAAUCCGUGGGAGGGAUUUUCGUAGAAAAAUUGGAAAAUUCUCAAGGGUCUAGUGUCGAUUUGCCCCCUUUGAUCACCCUGUGCACCCUGGACGUGAUUUGUGAAACUGCAAUGGGGACGAAAAUCAACGCUCAGAACGGCGAAAAUGCAAACUACGUGGAAAAUGUGAAGGAAAUGUGUCGAAUCUUGAUCGAUAGAGGGUUAUCGCCCUUAAAAAUUCUCAACACCACCUACUGGAUGACCAAGGAUUAUUACAAAGAGAAGAAAUCGCUGAAAAUUUUGCACACUUUCACUUCAAAUGUCAUCGAAAAACGCAAAGCCGAGCGAAGCGAGGAAAACCCAACGAAAUUGGCUUUUCUGGAUUUGUUACUGAAAGGGGAAAUGCUCACCGAUCAGGAAUUGCAGGAAGAAGUCGAUACUUUCAUGUUUGAGGGUCAUGAUACGACAGCAUCGUCGAUUUGUUUCGUUUUGUACUGCCUGGCAAACCAUCCCCAAGUCCAAGGGAAAGUUUUAAGGGAACAAAUCGAAUUGUUUGGGGAUGCGAAAGCUCCAAUUGUGACUUAUCAAGAGUUACAAAAAAUGAAGUAUUUGGAACAAGUGAUUAAAGAAACUUUGAGAUUGUAUCCAGCGGUUCCAAUAAUCGGGCGAUGUGUUACGGAAGAUAUCAUUUUUGGUGAACAUUUAAUUCCCAAAGAUACAAAUAUCGCAAUUUUUAUUUAUGGGAUUCACAGAAAUCCGAAGUUUUUUCCGGAUCCGGAAACUUUUAAUCCCGACAGAUUCGAAAAUUUGAAUUUGCCGCCAUUUGCUUACAUCCCGUUUAGUGCAGGGCCCAGGAAUUGCAUAGGUCAAAAAUUUGCAAUGUUGGAAAUAAAAAGUAUUGUCUCUAAAGUUGUCAGAUGUUUUGAGUUGAGAUCAGCUGAGCCUUAUCACAAUUUGUUGUUAUCAGCAGAGACUGUCCUCAAGUCGGCGAAUGGGAUUAAAAUUGGGAUCAAAAAACGAAUUUGAAAAAAAACAAAGUAGCUAAAUAUUUAUUCUGUAUUUUUAUAAUUUUCAACAAAUAAAACACAAUUUUUUACUGUU